UUGAGUGUUUGACAGGUUAAAUUUAGCCUAUUGAUGUAAGCUGCAUUCCACUCACAACGGAGACAGAGACACACUCACAGUUUGGCUUUAGUGUCCGUGAGCGUGAAGAUCAGCAAAGAUCACACUGACUGACCCCUCCGUCUCCGUGUCUCCCCCUUCAAGGAUACGGGCUGCAGCACCGCAGGGACACAACGGGCAGGAGACACUGUCAUGGACCUGGGAAAGAAGCUCAGCACUCCUAAAGACAUCAUGCUGGAGGAGCUGUCGCUGCUCUCCAACAGAGGUUCUCGGCUUUUCAAAAUGCGCCAGAGGAGGUCUGACAAGUACACGUUUGAAAGCAUUCAGAAUGAAGCCAACGCGCUGCUGAAUAAUGAUAUUUUUAAUCAGAACACGCACUCUGUGGAAAUUAAAGUGGAGCCACCGGCGCUUGGAAGCGCUGCAAACUCAACUUCAGACAUGGCCGCGGAAAAGCUGGACACCACGCCUGCGCACAAGGCGUACCACUCGCCGUGGGAGCAGGUCAUCCUGAGUGACCCCAACCUCGCUGAAACUCUCCAGCUCAGAAUGCCAGACCCGGAGCCGCAGCAGGAGCUCCCUGAAUUCAAAUGCUUCAACCGGGUUGCCACUCCUUACGGUGGCUUUGAAAAAGCUCCAAGAGGAAUCACGUUCAAGCUCCCUGAGGUGGACCUGAGCCCGCCGGAGUACCAGGAGCUCAGCGAUCCACGGGCGAAGCGGCCCACCUUCAACCGGACGGCCCAGGGAUGGAUAUCUGAGGGCACUCACCUCAUCCUACCAACUAUCACCCUGGAGCCCUGCAGUGUGCCCGAGUCUGAUGACCUGUAGAUGACUUCACUGGAACAUGGCAACAGAAAACAGAAAGAGACAGGGUGGUGGAAGCUGGUGUCUAUUAGUUACACCACUACCAUUUCUUCUUCAUAGAAUUUAAUAU